UAGAAUUGGGUUUGCCAAUUCGCUUAGUUGCAUGAUAACUAACGAGGCUCUCCCAAAUAAUCUCCAUGGCCUUACCUUUCCCAUAACUCCCCAAAAUAGCCUCCCCAUGAACCACCCACCUCUCCUUUCUCCCAAAACAUUGCCCAUAAUCAAUCAUCAUCAUCAUUCAUCACACAAAUUAAGCAAACAUGAAGAAUUCGAAAGCGAGCCGCAGCAAUUACUCGAGUUCGAGCAUGGACGAUUCAAGCAAACAGCCAUUAUUCCCCCGCUCUCUCCAAGCCGAGCCAGACGAGUACUCCUUCCGCCUCAGCACCGCCUCCGAAUCCAGCGCCCCGGACCACCACGACAGGCCGCCCCCGCUCUCCUUCGACGCGGGCAACUCCUCCGUGUGGGACCACACCCCCAGCAUCACCCCCCUCUGCUCCUCCCCCGUUGCCCAAUCGCCGUGGUCGUCCGCCCAUAUGGCCCCAUCCGACCAUCCCUACUCCUACACCGGCCUCAUGGGCUCCCUCGUCCGCGAAGAAGGCCACAUAUACUCCCUCGCCGCCGCCGGCGACCUCCUCUUCACCGGCUCCGACAGCAAAAACAUCCGCGUGUGGAAGAAUCAGAAGGAAUUCUCCGGAUUCAGGUCCAAUUCAGGCCUGGUGAAGGCCAUCAUAAUCGCGGAUGAGCGGAUUUUUUCCGGACAUCAGGACGGGAAGAUCCGCGUCUGGAAGAUGUCCGGAAAGGAUCCGAGCGUCUGCAAACGGAUCGGAACGCUACCAACUCUGAAAGCAAAGAUGAAGAAAUCGCUCAAGCCUAGCAAUUACGUGGAGGUGAGGAAGAGCCACAACGCCAUCUGGAUCAAACACAUUGACGCCAUCUCAUCUCUCAGCUUGAGCGAAGAUAAAUCCAUCCUCUACUCUGCUUCAUGGGAUAAAACGAUCAAGGUGUGGCGCGUGGCUGACUCCAAAUGCCUGGAGUCAAUCAGCGCGCACGACGACGCAGUCAACUCGGUCGUUGCGGGAUUCGACGGGUUAGUCUUCAGCGGAUCGGCGGACGGGACGGUGAAGGUGUGGCGGCGCGAGAUGCAGGGGAAGGGGACGAAGCACUACUUUUCGCAGACGCUUUUGAAGCAGGAGUGCGCGGUGACGUCGCUGGCGGUGAACGCGGCCUCGACGGUGCUGUACUGCGGGUCCUCGGACGGGCUGGUGAACUUCUGGGAGCGGGACAAGUUCCUGUCGCUGGGAGGAUUCUUCCGCGGGCACAAGCUGGCGGUGCUGUGCCUGGCGACGUCGGGGAAUCUGGUGUUCAGUGGAUCCGCUGAUACGAACAUUUGCGUGUGGAGGAGGGAGGAGAGGAACCACAUGUGUCUCUCGAUUUUGAGCGGGCACAGCGGACCGGUGAAGUGCUUGGCGGUGGAGGAGGAGUCACAGUCGCAGUCGCAGCAGCAGGGGAUAAUCGGAGGGCACAAGCACUACGUGGUGUACAGCGGCAGCCUCGACAAGUCGGUCAAGAUAUGGAGGGUGUCGGGGCAGGGCGCGCCGCUGCAGAACGAGAUCGUGCCAUCGCAGUCGCACUCGCAGAAUUUGUCGUCGCAAACUAGUCGGGCUGCCGCAGCACAGAAGAGAAAUUUCUGAAGAUGGUAAAAAUAUGUACAGAAAUUGAUAUGUAUGUGUGUAUACAUAUAGAGGCUCAUGCAAACUCGUUUUUAUAUAUAAUCACC